AUGAAAACACCUGCAGCACAGGGGAGACACCGAGGUGUACGUACACCUCGCACUUCACUUAGUAAACCCUACAAUAAGGGCAGGGUCUUCAGGGGUUUAGAAACUCUUAGAGAUUCUUCUAUAAGCCCUGGCCUAUCUGCAGCAGCAGCAAAAGCAGCUGCACCACCUGCUGCAGCAGCAACAACAGCAACAGCAGCAGGAGCAGCAGCAGCAACAAAAGGAACAGCAGCAGCGACAACAAAAGAAACAGCAGCAGCCGUAACAACAGAAGCAGCCGAAACGGCAACAGCAGCAGCAGAAGAAACAGCAGCAGCAGCAGAAGAAGAAACAGCAGCAGCAGCAGCAGAAGAAACAGCAGCAGCAGCAACAGCUUCAGCAGCAGCAGCAACAGCUUCAGCAGCAGCAGCAACAGCUUCAGCAGCAGCAACAGCAGCAAUAAGACCUGUUGUAGACAGCAAUGCAUGCAGUUUAUUAAAUGAAAAGGAGACAGCAGAAGGAGACAGCAGGUUUAAAGUUUUUGUUAGGCUCCGUCCUCUUACACAAACUGAGAAAGAGAAAGGAGGGGGUCUAUGCUGUACUUACAACAACUCAACUGCACAAAACAGCACUUCCUCUCGCUCCCACGCUAUCUUCUCCAUCGCCCUGACGGAGCAGCAAACUGAGGAAGAAGCUGCUGCUGCUGCAGCAGCAGCUGCAUGCAGCAGCAACAGCAACAGCAACAGCAGCAGCAGCAGCAGCAGCAGCAAGUUGCUAAGUUUGAUGCAGUUUGUUGAUUUGGCUGGGAGUGAACGGAUGAAGAAAACAAUUCAAGAAGAGCAUAGAAGGCUCUUAGCCCUUAGUAAGGUUCUUCGUUGUCUUACAAAUCAGUACAAACAGCAGCAGCAGCAGCAGCAGCAGCAGCAACAGCAGCAGGAGGAAGAGCAGCAGGAGCAGGAGGGAGAGCAGCAGCAGCAAGAGCAGCAGCAGCAAGGACAGCAGCAACGAAGACGGGAGCUGCAGCAGCAAGAAAAACAGCAAGGCAGCACCCACAGGCUCCAGCAGCAGCAGCAGCAGCAGCAGCAGCAACAGCAGCAGCAGCAGCAGCAGCAGCAGCAGCAGCAGGAACAGCAGCAGCAGCAGCAGGAACAGC